GCACCACAAGAUGCACGUCAUCAGCGGCUACCUGCAGUCGGCGUACGGCCCCCAGAUGCUGCUCGUGCUGCUCAGCACGCUGCUCGACUACACCACCAUGCUGUACAUCCUGCUGGCGCGCAUCUCGGUGGACGUGGCGGGCCUGCUCAUCGGCACCAUCCACGUCCUCGUCAUGUACCUGGUGCUCACGUCGGGCAACAUGGUGCGCCAGGAGGCCCAGCGCAUGGGCGAGAUCCUGCAGCGGGGCCUGGUGCACCGGCGGCUGAGCGAGCGCCUGGUCGAGGAGCUGCAGGACUUCUCGCUGCAGCUGGUGCGCCUGCCCACGCGCCUGUCCGCGUGCGGCCUCAUGUACCUCGACUACAGCAUGAUCCAGGGCGCCGUGGGCACCGUCACCACCUACCUCGUCAUCAUGCUGCAGUUCCCCGGCAGCGGCAGCAACCGCGCCAAGCCCAACACCACCAUGGCCAGCGAGGGCUAGGGUAGACUCACCUGGGCGGAGGCCACACGCCUCGCCGUGGUGCCGGGUAUUUACCGAGCUGUUCAGCCCCCCUUUUUUCCCUCGGGCGGCAGUUCGCAGGAGAUACUCCGUGUCGAGGGGACGGACAUGGAGUGGGGUAUAUCAGUAGACACUGAGAUAGGCUUGGGCCGGAUUGUGGGGGGCCCAGGUGUCGCAUCGCGGGGUGGUACCUGCUGCGGGUACAGGCGUGUGCUAAACGGGAAGGUAUGGGGGGGGGGUAGGAACCCCUUU